AUGACAUCGAAAGGUAGUGGAAUACGUGUAGUUGUGUUCGAUCCAUAUGAUAGAGUUCAUUCAACUAUACGUGAUGCAAUGAUUGAACCAAUUGAAUCAUUUUAUAAUUCAUCAUCUUGUAUUUCAUCUAUUCAACAAAAUUCAAAAGAUGAAAGAGCAAUUAUUUUAAUAACAACAUCAACAGAAGAUCAUGUUUUACAAUCAUUUGAUGCAUUGAAUUCUAUUGAAGCUAUCCUUAUUUUAUCUAAAUCACGAAGAGAAAUUGAUACAUUACCAAGUAAAGUAAUUGGUAUUUAUUCUCGAAUUGAAAAUUUAUUACGAGUACUCUUUGAAACAUUUGAUACAAUAGAAUUACAACUCGAUGCAAAUAGUAUCCUUUUUCAUCGUCAAGAAGACGGUAGUGAUAAUACAGAUUUUUAUUUUUAUAAUAUUUGGAAAACUCAUAAUACAAAUCAAAUACUAACAAAAAAAGUUUUUAUUGAACAAGCACGUAUUCUUUUUCGUUCAUAUCGUAAAAUAAAAUCUCUUAUAAAUGAUUUUAAUAUAUCAUAUAAAUCUUCUGAAGUUCUUUAUUGGCUUGAUAAAUAUAAUCAUCCAUUUCCAUAUCAUUUACUUAUUUCAAAUGCAUUACGUACACAUGAUCAACAAAUUUUACAGCUUGUUCAUUUUUUUCUUAAUGAUCUAAGUCAACAAAUGAAACCUGUACCAAUAGGACCGAGUUAUAAUCAAGUCUUUUUUGGUACAAAAUUACCUAUAUCAAUUGUUGAUCGACUUGAACAACAAACAUCAAAAGAUAUUAUUGCAUUUCAAUGUUUUCUUCUUGCAACAAGAUCAAGAACAAAAGCUUUAUCAGCAGCAACACAACCAACUCGUCGUCAUAAAAUAGCUAAUGUACUUUUUAAAAUCGAUGUAAGUCAUGCAUUAUGUGCAUAUAUAAAUGAUUCUAUUCUUAUUAAUAUGGCAACACCAUUUCAAAUAACAUGUGUUACAAGAAAUACAGGUUCUGGUGGUGUUCAACAAUUAGUUACUAUUGUUACAUUAGUUUCACUUGAUAGAAAACAUAGAGAACAAUUACUUGGACAAUUUAUUCAACGACAAAAAGCGGCAGGAAAAACAAUAAAUGAUUUUAUACAUCAGACAAUUCCACCUGUUAGAGUAGAUAAUAAUUAUACAAGAGAAAGUGAAAAUAAGUCGGAUAUAUCUAAAUACUCUAUUCCAUUAUAUGUUGUUUCAGUAUCAAAAACAAGUCUAGAUUCACUAGCUGUAUGUGACGAGGAAACUGAAGCAGAUGAACUUAUAGCUCGUGGUAGAUGGGCUCAAGCUGUUGAUGCUUUAGCUCGUAUAGAGAGUCCAAAUGUUCGUGUUUUAAAUAAACAAGGAUGUUUAUUACGUGAACGUUUACAAGAUUUACCUAGUGCACUUGAAUGUCAUCAACAAGCAUUAACUAAAGCAACUGAUAAAGGAAAAGCUGAAACACUUAUUUAUCUUGGUAUUGUUUAUCAUGAUAUGCAACAAUCUGCUGAAGCAUUAAAAUAUUAUUCUCAAGCAUUACAAUGGUUUGAACAAGAAAAACCAAGAGAUCCAGCUAUGAUAGCUCGAUGUCUUGUUGGUCUUGGUAAUGUACAUUGGGCACGUAAAGAACUUGAUCAAGCACUUGAUUAUACAGAACGUGCUUUAGCUUUACGUGAACAAGAAGUUAAACCAAAAAAUAAUCUUGAUAUAGCUGCUUGUCUUGGUAAUAUAGGAAAUAUAUUACAUGAUCAAGGUGAUUUUGAACGAGCAUUAAUAUAUGCUAAACGAGCUGUUGAUUUAUUACGUAGUGAUGGAGAAAAUGAUCUACGAUUAGCUGCAGCAUUAAAUAAUUUAGGUGCGAUGUAUCAAGCAUGUGGAAAUUAUGAUAAAGCACGAGAAUAUUUUGAACGUGCAUUAGAAUGUUUACCAGAUGAAAAUCAUCCAUAUCGAACAAGUACAUUGAAUAAUAUUGCUCGAUUAAAUAAUAUUGAAGAAGAAUAA